AUGAGAAAUUGGAAAUCAAUAAGUUCUACGGUCACCAAAUUAAAUGAAUUAUACAAUGAUAUUAGUUGUAGUAACUUCAAGCUUCACUUACAGGUUCUUAACCCGACCAUAUAUCAAAGAGGACUAUGCGAGGAAGACUUCAAAUUAACGACUCCCCCGAUUUUAAGAGGCAUUGUAGUAUUACAGAUCCUAAGACCAACAAAGAUUAGUGAUAUAUCUGUCAUAUUCCACGGAGAAUUGAGUGAAACAAUUAUUGAAUUCGAAGCUAUAGAUAUUCUGGAGCCCUUAUUCGCCAAGAGGAAGAAAAUCACGAAACCACUUGUGGAUGAAAUAUUUACCUGGGAUUACCAAUAUGCAAAAGAUAUACAGAUCGGCACCUAUACAUUCCCAUUUCAUUUUAUAAUUGAUACAUUAUUACCAGAGACUUUUGAUAGUCGUCAUUUGAAUAUCAAUUAUGUAAUAGAAACCUGCUUGAAGUAUGAAACAAGCAACUGUAAUGGAGUCAAAAUGUCUCGAAAAUCUCAAGAUGUUAAGUUAGUGAGAUGUGUUCCAGAAACCUUAUUUAAUGAUUCCAUAAUGGCUACAGGGAAUUGGAGGGACCUACUAGUUUAUGAGUUCAGCUUUCAAAAUAAAAUAGCAUUUCAAGGUUCUCCUUUCUUGUCUAUAUUUAGAAUUUAUCCAAUCGAGCCAGAGUGCCAAUAUUUCACUUUACACGGUGUAUCCAUUUGGAUUGUGCAGACUUUAACGUUUGAUAAAUACGUUUGCUCAAACUACAAAAAGAAAUAUACUGAAACUGACAAGAUUUUGUUGUAUAAGAGAAUGUUCAAUUUUCAGUCCUUAGUAACGAAGAAUGGCUCCUAUAACUUUGAGAUUUGUCUAAAGAUUCCCUCAAACGGGACGAUAUAUGAUAAAUCAAAUCAAAAAUUGAAAAAAACUAUUUAUCCUAGUAUAAAUAAUGCCAAUAAAGGGUUUAUAAGCUCGCAUACAUUGAAGGUCACAGUAGAAGUAAGCGAGUGUGAAAGGUACAAUCAGAUCAAAAAUAAACAGAAUUAUGAGGUGUCUCGAACAAAUAGCACUGUGUCAUCUGCAAGCGAGAAAUCUAUAGAGGCAUUAGAAUCCGUUACAUUUCCUGGCUACUCAAACUAUCAUGAGAAAAGGACGGAUGCUACAAGAUUUAAAAAAAUUGAGCUUUCAUUUACAGCACCUAUAAAGUUGUUGAGUCAUGAUUCAGAAAUUGCAUCCGAAUCACCUCCUUGCUAUUCUGAUAUGCAGCAAAGGAACGACAAUAUUGUCUUGGAUUUAAUAUCUGCUAAUAAAUUUGAUAUAGUUCCUCCAGCUUACGAGGAAACAGCUCUUUAA